AUGGGAUGCAACAUACCUGAUAUCGAUGUCAUAGUCCAAUGGAAACUUCCAUCCAGUGUUUCCUCAUUCAUUCAAAGGGCUGGGAGGGCUGCACGAGGACCUGGUAGUGGGCUUGCAGUGCUUCUUGUUGAGAAGUCAGCAUACAACAUUGACCUAACAAUGCUUCAAGAUCAGAACCAAAAAAGAAGAAAGCGACUGUAUGAGAGCUGA